CUGUGUGUGCACUUUGGAUGGGUUAAAUGCAGAACACAAAUUCUGAGUAUGGGUCACCAUAAGUGGCUGAAUGUAGCGUUGGCGUUCUCCAAGGUGCUUAAACGCAUGAAGCAUCUUAGACUUUUGAUGCUGCCUGUAAUCCCCUCAAAAUAUAUAAAUAUCGUUUUCGCCCAACAAAUUGCACGAGCACCUCUCUUAGCAGAACAAUACGCCCCAUAAUGCGCGCGCCGGGGAGCGGAAGUGACACCACGGGCGCUCGGAGUGGAGCAGCUGCAGCUGAUGCGGUGACGCGCACAGCGCUGCGGGACGGAGGAUGAGCGCAGCACCGGCGCGAGGAUGAGGAUGAGGAUGGAUUAUAACUGAUGAAGAGAGAAGCGAAAUGAUGGGCUGUCCAUCACAGCAUGUGUGUUCGUGACAGCGGGACUGGUUUAUUCACCUCUCAUGUUUAUUCACGUGUGCUGAUGAAAUUCACCUGAUGCUGAGACGGAUCGUUUAAUGUUACUCAUAAGUGCACAAGAAACUGAGCUUCCACCAACUGAACCCCAAGGAAAAACUCAUGGAAUUUAAAUAUUCAUUGCCAAAGAAUACAGAUAUAUACACCAAAUGCCAGGAGUAUUCUGAGUGGAUGGAUUUAACCUAUUUAUUUGAAUCUACACGCACUGCUGUGAGUUUACGAUGCGGAAAUGCCCUUUUGACGGUGAUUGCAGAAUGUUAUGUGUGAGCGGAGCGUUAACGGUACGCCAAUGACAAGUUGACGGAACAUUGUUUUCAGUUAAGUUCAUUUUGUUUUAUUUUUUAUUAUCGACGAAAUAACGAUUAUGUUUUUGUUUAUAAGAAACGCCGUUUUUAUUCCUGACGCGACACCGCGACAGGUCGUUUAGUGUUUGCGCGUGCAGUUCCUCUGUCAGGGUGUCUAGUGUGCGUCCUUCUGAGGGUUGAUGUUCUGCUGGCCGCUCGUGCUGCUGGUGAUGGGCUGUAUUCAGAGCAUCAGAUGCAAACCCAAGAGUUUCCGGGACAGCAUCAUGGUUCUAGAGGUGAACUCCUCUAUCGACUCGAACCCCACCAGCAUCGACGAGUCCUCUAGCGUGGUGCUGCGCUACCGCACGCCGCAUUUCCGCGCGUCCGCCCGGGUCCUGGUGCCGCCGGUGGCCGGAAAAGAGAGCUGGACGGUCGGCUGGAUCCAGGCGUGCAACCACAUGGAGUUCUACAACAAAUACGGAUCCAAAGGGAUGUCCAGCUGGGAGCUGCCUGAUCUCCAAGAUGGAAAAAUCCAAGCCAUCAGCGACUCAGAUGGCGUCAACUACCCCUGGUACGGCAACACCACUGAGACCUGCACCAUCGUGGGUCCCACUAAGAAGGACACCAAGUUCACCAUCAGCAUGAACGACAACUUCUACCCCAGCGUGACGUGGGGCGUCCCGGUGAGUGACAGCAAUGUGCCCAUGCUAAGCAGCAUCUGGAGGGACCAGAGCUUCACCACAUGGCUGGUGGCAAUGAACCAGGCGUCAGGCGAGAUCCUGGUGCUGCAGACAGUUCGCUGGCGCAUGCGUCUACACAUCGAGGUGGAUCCCGACAAGCCACUGGGACAGAGAGCCAAGCUGUGUGAACCCAUCGCUCAGGAGCAGCCACAGAUGCUGGGGAAGAAUGAAGCCAUCCCGCCCAACGCCAUGGUCAAACCCAACGCCAACGACGCUCAGGUGCUGAUGUGGCGGCCGUGGACAGGCGAGCCACUGGUGGUCAUCCCUCCCAAACACUGAGACCAAAUCGGGUUGGGAAUCACUGUGCUAAACACCACUGCAUAAAGACAAAGUGGGAAUACUGCAUCUCUGACAGAUGGAAAGAGCGUCCGAUUCAUGCUGCCUUAAGUUUACAUUGCUUUCACUGCAAACUCUUCGCCUUAAACCAAAUGCAAAGCAGUAAACCUCGCACAUCCUACCUGUCCGUAGAUUUGCACUGGAUGUGUCCUAGUUAGUCAUCAUCUAAUGGGACUGCGAUGACCGCGGUGCGCCCAACCAAACGAGGACACAGUCCUUAAGCAUUCAGUGUUUUCAGCACAAGCUAUAAUGUUUUAGUUUAAUGUCAACCAGACACUUCCAGUGUGUUUUACAAGAGCCGAGAGUCCAAAAAUCUAUAUUUUCUACUGUGUCAGUCAGUGUCAAGACGUCAUGGCCAAUCGAUAGAGUUCUUACGAGCUAAGAUCGAUCAGUCCAUUCUGCUGGAGUCUGAAUGAGAUGUGUGUGUGGCGACAGGAGCGCUGAAUCCUCAAAUCAAACACCUUCAGAAUGAAGGCACUGAAAAACCCUAGAAUGAGUGAAACCAAGGCAACAAUUCUGUCCAGGCAACAAUUCUGCACAAGAACUAGACAUUGCUUUCAUGGCAGAACUGCAGUUAUGACCAUGAUGUAUGUCAAAGGUUUGAAAUAAUUCCGAUAUGAUUUUGUAAGGCUGCAUUUAUUUGAUCUAAAAUGCAGUGAAAACAUUGAAGGCAUUUAUAACAUUACCAAGGAUUUCUGUUUGAAAUAAAUGCUGUUCCUUUGAACUCUCUAUUCAUCAAAACGAAAAACAAAUCGUGUCACUGUUUCCACAGCACACGUUUUCAUCAUUGAUAAUAAUUAGAUUUUUUUUCUUGAGCAGCAAAUCAGUAUAUUCGAAUGAUUUCUGAAGGAUCAUGUGACAUUAAAGA